AUGGCAACUGUCUCACCAGGAAUGCAUCCCGAGGUCAUCGCUGCAUCAACAUCCAGCACAUCAAAGCAAAACCAGCACCGCGACUCUCGCGACCACAGGCAGAAGCAGACGAUCAAUAUGAGUGGACCACCAGGAAGACGGAAGUACGACACCUUCAAUCCGUCUGCCCUCCCGACAGCCAACGUCGGCCGUGGUCGGAUAGCUCUUGACAAGGAUGGGAAGGACCAGCUCGAGGCCCAAUACGAGGCAUGGAACAAGCGGCUAGACGAGGAGGUCGGGAACAUGGCGAAAGGUCUGCAAGAGCUCGUGGAGUUGUCCAAUAUCGGCACUAAUCCCCCAUCACACGACCUGACGUCCCUGCAUCUGAAGCUGAAGACUGCUUCGCUCGUUCGCUCAGCGUGUGCUCUGCGCGACACGGCACAUGAGCUGCGCCUGGCACUUCUGCUCGGCGAUGAUGUCGCGACAGCAGGACGACGAGACGCUGAAGCGCGCCGCGUGGAGGAGGAGAUCGAGAAGCUGCGCAAGGACGUUGGACGGGGUGUCUCCCUUCUGGUCGGCGGAGAUGGCGGCGCGGACUCUACUCCGACAGGCGGCGACAAGCCCACGGGUGGCGAGGGAGGUGUCGCGCCCACCGAGGCGCCGGCUCAGCAGGAGCAGACGUCAACAUCACCCAAGAAGGACGCUUCGCCGACGAAACCGACCGAGGCUAUGGACGUCGAUGACGAGGAUGAGGACGAGUUUGAGGAGGUCUGA